GUGAUGAGAAGUGAGAGCGUCUCGGAUAGUGUUACUGUCAAUUUUCAGCUGAAUACCUACAAAUAUAGCGGAGACAAUUUCAUGUGCAGGUCACCAAUCUUUCUGAUCCUAGUGGACGAAGGCAACGGGGUUUGUGAAGAGGAAUACGAGUACGUGGUCGAUCGUGAUUUCAAGAAAUUCAACAAUAGUUCACCCAGCGAAAAUACCACUACGUCCUCCUCUCUGUUACUUCAAUACCAAUUUAGACAGAUGAAUUUUUCUCUUCCGAGACAGGAAUAUAGAAAGACAUUACGCAUAGCUGUGAAGCAGAAGUACAACAACACAAACGUUGUGACCGGCGAGGACGACCUUACACAUUACUGCUCCAAUGUCAGUACAGACAAGCUUGUCAGCCCAUUUAACCUCCCGAUACAAUGCCAGCCUCACAAACAGUGUAGUUCCUGCAGUAUUGACGUGACGUUGGUGGCGACGUGUCCUCAGCAUUACUUUGGUGCGCAGUGUGACAUCUACUGUUCACCCUCGGAUAAUACGACUGGACACUACACCUGUGGGCAUGAGGGGGAAAAGAACUGUCUUCUCGGCUACGAGGGUGUAAACUGCACUGUCAAUCCUCCGGACUGUGUCAACGUGCCCUGCCACAACGGAACAUGCAUCGACCUUGUAGCAAACUUCUCAUGUAGCUGUUAUACUGGUUACACUGGAGAGUUUUGUGAAGAUAAUAUUGAUGACUGUGUAAAUGCUACUUGCCAAAACGGUGGAUUGUGCCUCGAUGGUAUCGGAACUUACAAUUGUUACUGUGGAAAUGGAUUUGAUGGAUUACACUGUGAAAAUAACACUGAUGAUUGUGUAAAUGCUACUUGCAAAAAUGGUGGAUCGUGCCUCGAUGGUAUCGGAAAUUACACUUGUUCCUGUGUAAAUGGAUUUAAUGGAUUUCACUGUGAAAAUAACACUGAUGAUUGUGUAAACAUUACAUGCCAGAAUGGAGGAACGUGCCGCGAUGGUAUCGGGAAAUACACUUGUAUAUGUAACGCUGGAUUUGGUGGAAUUUACUGUCAGCAAUACGUAACAACUCAGAGUCCGACUGUGACGUCCCCACCAAAGUCCACUAUUAAUAAGGAACAACCUUCAACAACACAAAGACCGCCUGGUACACUGAAACCAAAGUCCACUUCCAUUCUUCCAUCAACACAAAGAUCGUCUGUUACACUGCCGCCAGAGUCCUCUAUCAGUAAUGAACACACUUCAUCAACACACAGAUCAACUGUUUCACUACCGCCCGAGUCCACUAUAAAUCGUGAACAAUCCUCACCAACACACAGACCGCCUGUUACACAGCCACCUGAGUCCACCAGCAAUCUUGAACAAACUUUAUCAACGCCCAGUCAGCCUAUCAAAAUAUCACCUAAGUCCUCUAUCAGUAAUGAACACACUUCAUCAACACAAAGAUCGUCUGUUACACUGCCGCCAGAGUCCUCUAUCAGUAAUGAACACACUUCAUCAACACACAGAACAACUGUUUCACUACCGCCCGAGUCCACUAUAAAUCGUGAACAAUCCUCACCAACACACAGACCGCCUGUUACACAGCCACCUGAGUCCACCAGCAAUCUUGAACAAACUUUAUCAACGCCCAGUCAGCCUAUCAAAAUAUCACCUAAGUUAAUUCGUGAGCAUCCUUCAUCAACAAAGAGAACGUUGCCGCCCAAGAUUGACAAUGAGUCGUCGCCACAGAAGGCUGUCAAGAUCGCACCGAUAGCUGGGGGCGCCACGGGAGGAGUGAUAGUGCUUGUAAUCGUGGUGGUGUUGGUGAUAAAAUGGCGGAGAAGACAGCCACAACAGGCAAGCCAAAAGGAUCAGUCACUAAUGAAAAACACAAAUAUUUCGUAUAAUUCAACAAAUGAAGUAGAUUUGCACAUCAAGGGCCAUCAAAAUUCAGUUGAUCACCAAGACGGACAAUUUGGAGCAGAGAAAGAUAAACGACACGACAAUCCGAUAUAUCAUGAGGAUGAACAGACCCAAUUGUGAUGCGUUUUCUGCUAAGUUUGUAUGCAUUGUAAUUCACGUGACAUGUCUUGUAUAAAAAUAGCCCGACAUGUCACGUGAAAUUAAUUCAAACUAUGGUUUAAGCAAUUGGUCCUGGAAGACUUAAUCAAAUACUUUUAGCAAAAACGCAUUUAACGGAUAACGCAUUGGACUGUGAGAAAGAGGUACCCAAUAAAUGUGACCAUAUAUAACCUCCUGUGAUAAAUAGAUGUGACCAAUUAAUGUGACCAUCAUUAACAUCAUGGAAAACAGAGGUGAUCGUUGGAGGUGACCAGGUGUAACCUCCUGUAAGAUAGAGGUGACCUAUAUAGGUGACAAGGUUUAACCUCCUGUAAGAUAGAGGUGACCGAUGGAGGUGACCAGAUGUAACCUCCUGUAAGAAAGAGGUGACCGAUAUAGGUGACCAGGUGUAACCUCCUGUAAGAUAGAUGUGACCGAUGGAGGUGACCAGAUGUAACCUCCUGUAAGAAAGAGAUGACCGAUAUAGGUGACCAUGUGUAAUUUCCUGUAAUAUAGAGGUGACCAGAUGUAACUUCCUGUAAGAUAGAGGUGACCAGGUGUAAACUCCUGUAAGAUAGAUGUGACCAGGUGUAACCUCCUGUAAGAUAGAUGUGACCAGGUGUAACCUCCUGUAAGUUAGAUGUGACCAGGUGUAACCUCCUGUAAGACACAGGUGACCAGGUUUAACCUCCUGUAAGAUAAAGGUGACCAGGUGUUACCCCAUGUAAGAUAAAGGUGACCAGGUGUAACCUCCUGUAAGAUAGAGGUGACCUAUAUAGGUGACCAGGUUUAACCUCAUGUAAGAUAAAGGUGACCAGGUGUAACCUCCUGUAAGAUACAGGUGACCAGGUGUAACCUCCUGUAAGAUAGAGGUGACCAGG